CCCCGCCAGCCUGCACCGGCCGGGGCGGCUCCUCCUCCUCCUGCUGCUGUUGCUGCUGCUGCUGCUGCACCUCGUCCUGCUCCUGCCGCUGCUCCCGCUCCUCGUCCUCCAGCAGCCGCCGCCGCCGGAGCCUCCCGGGGCCACGGCUCCCAGGGUCGGGGACAAGCCGAGAUUAAAGCAGGCAUGGAAGGCCACAGAUACAAUUACUCCAGGGACUUGUACGAUCGCUCUGCGCACCGUCAGGAGAAGUCGGUGGUGAACAAGAUGCAGCAGAAAUACUGGAAAACCAAGCAGACGCUUAUUAAAGUCACGGGGAAGAAGGAGGAUGAGCACGUCGUGGCCUCAGACGCGGACCUGGAUGCCAAACUGGAGCUGUUCCACUCAAUCCAGAGAACGUGCAUGGAGUUGCUGAAAGUGAUCGAACUCUAUCAGAAGAGGAUCUGCUUCCUGUCUCAGGAAGAGAGCGAGCUGGGGAAAUUUCUGCGCACCCAGGGCUCCCAGGACAAAACGCGCGCGGGCAAGAUGAUGCAGGCGGUGGGCAAGGCCCUCUGCUUCUCCUCACAGCAAAGGCUGGCCCUGCGCCGCCCGCUCUGCCGCCUCUAUCAGGAGGUGGAGACCUUCCGCUACCGGGCCAUCUCCGACACGUGGCUGACCGUCAACCGCAUGGAGCAGAGCCGCACCGACUACCGCGGCGCUCUCCUCUGGAUGAAGGACGCCUCCCGGGAGCUCGACCCCGACCUCUACAAGCAGCUGGAGAACUUCCGAAAGGUCCAGGCCCAGGUCCGCCACGCCAAAGUCAACUUCGACCGCCUGAAGACGGACGUGUGCCAGAAGGUGGACCUCCUGGGAGCCAGCCGCUGCAACCUCCUGUCCCACGUGCUCACCGCCUACCAGACGACGCUGCUGCACUUCUGGGAGAAGACCUCGCACACCAUGGCCGCCGUCCACGAGAGCUUCAGCGGCUACCAGCCCUACCACUUCACCACGCUCAAGAGCUUACAGGACCCGCUCGACAAGCUGACCGAGAAGGCCAAGAGGCAGGACGAGCCGCCCCGGGGCCCGACGGCCGACGACCCGGCGGCCGCCGACCGGGACUGUCGGCUGAUUCUGUUAGAUGAGGAAAACCACAAUAACGAAUCCCCCUGUCUGAGCACGGCGGAAGACGGCAGGCGGGACAACUUUCAGGCUGGAGAAGGGAGCUACAGGCCGCAAGGGGAUCCAAGAGCAGUCGCCACCGACCAGCUGCUGGACCUGAAGCCCGAGCCGAUGGGGCGGGCCGGCGGCCCUCCCUUCCCCCCGGGCUCCCCCGGCCCCCCGCCGGCCCCCACGGAGCCUUCCGGGGUGGACGCGGACGACCUGGCCCUGCUGAGCCAGAUCCUGGACGCGUCGGCGCUGGACGAGGGGGACUUCGGACGGGAGUGGACGGCCGUGUUCGGGGACGGCCCGGCCCCGGCCCCGGCCCCCGCCUCCGCGCCCGGGGACGCCGACACGCCGCCGGGCCUGGCGGACUUCCUGCCCUCCCAGCUGCUCGAACAGUCCGGCCGCGACCCGCAGAUGCCGCCGCCCUCGGGGGAUGCCCCCUCCGGGAACCCCAAGGACCUGACGUCCUGGUUCAGCCUCUUCGCCGACCUCGACCCGCUGUCCAACCCCGACGCCGUGGGGAAGACGGGGAAAGAUCACGAGCUGCUCAACGCCUGAGGCCGCCGCCCACCUCGGGGGGGGGACCCGCGCUCCCGCCGCCCGGCCGUCGGGGGGUGGGCGGCCGGGCGGGCGCGGGGGUCCGGCCCGGAUCAAUAAAAGCCAACGGUCAAGCCCG